CUACUUGUUUUCAUUUUCUUUCAUGUUUUGGUUUUGAUCUUUUUCGUUUUUCUUACACGACUUUAUAUUUGUUAACAUCUGUCUUUCAUGUUUAAUCUUCUCACGUUAAAUUUCGUGUUUUACGUGAAUUGUCUUCUGUAAUUGAAUCAUUUGAAGUCUUUUUUGAGAGAACAACUGGAAGAUUUGCCUGUCUUUCCAAAAUUAUGGCUACUGAACGGGUUACCAAAAACCUUCUAGUCACCUGUUUGGCUAUUAGUUUUAUUUGCUUAGUGCAAUGCCGAGCAGAAUUUGGAAUGUCUCAACAAAACACAGAUGGAUGGUUGAAUCCAGAUGAUCUAUUCGCUCCAGCUCAUACUCUCAAAACUGAAAGUGUAACCGUGAAUGAGGAUUUUACAAAAUGCCAAGAGGAUCUUAAAGUCUGCACUGAAAAAAUUUCCGACUGUAAAAUACUAGCCCAUUCCACAGAAGAAAAAUCACUGGUGGAAUCCCCGGUUCGUUCUGAAUGCAUACCUGUUCCAGCAGAAGAGACAGAUGGAGCCAAGGUGUAUUUGCAAAGAUUCAUUCAUUUACUAUUGGAUGUUUCAAACUUGAAUACAGAAGAUGUAGACCAAGUUAAUAAGGCAGAAUUUUCAUUUUUUAUAUCGGAUGAACAAUUAUUGACUUUACGUCAAUUUGCAAGUGAGGGAAAUGCUAAGUCAGUGCCUUUGCGCAAGGUGGAUGAGAUUUUUGCUGCAGUUCUUGCCAAGCCAUAUAUAAAACUCCCAAACUUAGAGCGUUUGCUUAAUAAAUUGCCAGAUAUUAAAGUUGGCAGUUUUUUCAUCACUGUAUUUCUACCAAGUAUUUGGUUUUUUAGCAUCUUGUUUACUACAAGGAGUAUUCGAAAGACUUUUAUAUGGUUCUUACCAGUUAUCUUUUUAACUUCAUUUAUCACAACAGCAACACAAAUGUUUGAGGAUGCACAUUUAAAGAAUUAUGAACUGAUAAAGAGUAACAAAGAUCUUCCAUCAAAUUGCAAAACUGGAAAUAUGUUUGGAUCUUAUUCAAGUGAAUGUUUUUCUUACUUUAAGGCACACAACAUUGAUCCAAAUCUAGGCAUAACUCCUAUGAAAAUACUUACAAAAAUGUUUGGUGAAACUUUGGCAGAAACUAUGGGGAACUUUGGCAGUGGCUGUGUUGGAUUUUUUGGCAGUAUUCAAGAAUUGGGUUGGAUUUCUCAACUUUAUAUAACUCCUAUAGCCGUUGUUUUACUCUGCUUUUUCCUUAUCCUUAUAUUCCUUGUUCUCACUGGUGGAAGCAUAAGACUGCCUUGGUUCUUGGGUGGUGGUGUGAGUUUUAAUAAUCCCAGCCAGAAUGGUACAGUCAAUGAUGACCAAGACAGAAAAAAUGUUCAAACAACCAGAAACUUGUCUACAGCACCUAGCAUAACAUUUAAUAUUAGUGGGCCAGCCAAUGUGCAAGAUAUCUUACGAUCAUUACAAGGCGACCAACCUCCUAAUUCCCCUUCAAGUAUGAAUACAAGAAAUUUGCCCCAGAUUACAUCAUCAGUUGUAGAUGAUCCACUUGCCGCUGGAGACACUUUAACUCAAGGAUUACAGGAUCAUGUUGUUGGAUCCUCUUACAGAUCUCAUAGACCUGUCCUCAGCAUUGGUUCUAAAAAAAUUCUCAAACAAUUUUCUCAACUUAAUGCAAAGUAUAAAUCAGGAAAUAAAUCAAGUGGUAAAUCUAGGAAUAGACAUGUGUCUUUAUAAAUGUAAAAUAUUUUAAUUAUAUAUGUGAUACUAGGGUAAGAAUUUUACUUCACAAGAAUUUUGACCUUGCUUCUCUCCUUAUAUUUUAUUGAUGAAAUUUUAAAACUUUGCUUAAGA